UUUCAAUGAGGCCUCAGUAAGGAAAAACCUGCACCGUCACCUGUCUCCUGCGUUUGGGUUUCGAUGAGGCCUCGGUUGUAGAGUUUCCUUAGAAAAUGGCUUCCCAGAAGUUUCCACUUUCACAGAAAAAGGCAGAAGAAACUGGGUAUUUGGGCCCAACAGAUAUCUUUGGCACUUGGACUAGAACAGAGCCUUCCUUAUUUUCUUCAGUCACCGGGCAGGUCCCGGAAGCCUGUUGCUCCCUAAAAGAAGAGCCAAUUGACACCCACCCUGAGAUCCUCCUCGCUCGGUCCAAAGACAUUGAAGAAGGUAACAGACAGAGGUUUCGGUGGGGAAACAUUCCUUUGGGAGAAACUCCCCGGCAGACCCUGUCCCGGCUGGAUGAAGCAGCCCAGAGAUGGCUACGGCCGCAAGAUCGCACUAAGGGACAGAUUGUGGAUAUGAUAGUCCUGGAACAGUUUCUGCAAGUGUUGCCAUGGGAAAUGCAGACCUGGGUGAGAGCCAAGGAACCAAGAAGCAGUGAGGAGGCAGCUUGGCUGGCUGAGGCCUACCUGGGACAGCAGUGGCCUGUGGCCUUCCAUGAAGUGGCAGUGUAUUUCACCCAAGAGGAAUGGGAUCUUUUGGAUGAGGAUCAAAGGGAUUUGUAUUACAACGUCAUGCAGGAGAAUUCGGAGAACGUGGCUUCAUUGGAGCUGCUGAUUGCAAAAUCUGAUCCAGUUCUCCAUCUGGCAUGUACAGAAGAGCCACACAUCACAGAGUUCCAAAAACCAAAUAACAAGAAAAUUACUGCCAAAGGCAUUGUAAGUGGUGACAAUGUAAUUGAACUUGAGUUGCCAUCUUCCAAACUAGACCAGAUUUCCUCUCACCAUGAAUAUGACUUGCUGUUCCAGAGGGAGCAAGAGAAAAAGAUUCAGAGGCUGAAUGAGGAGACUAGGCCAAGACACUCUUGUCUAGAGCUGCUGAUUGCAAAAUCUGAUCCAGUUCUCCAUCUGGCAUGUACAGAAGAGCCACACAUCACAGAGUUCCAAAAACCAAAUAACAAGAAAAUUACUGCCAAAGGCAUUGUAAGUGGUGACAAUGUAAUUGAACUUGAAUUGCCAUCUUCCAAACUAGACCAGAUUUCCUCUCAUCAUGAAUAUGACUUGAUGUUCCAGAGGGAGCAAGAGAAAAAGAUUCAGAUGCUGAAUGAGACUAGCCCAAGAGAGUCUCAUGCAGGUGGGAUCAGCCUAUGUGGAACAGGUGAUGCUUCAGGAAGUAUGAAUGUGUGUAAGAAUCCUCAGCAGAGAGAUGCUACAACAGAGCAACCACAUGAAACAUCGUGGUGGGAUAUUUUCUUUGAACCUAAGCGUCCUGAAGCAAUUGAGAUCAAAUCAGUAGGACAUCAGGGAAUAUUGCCAGAGCUCAUGCAAGGAUAUUCAGCUCCUAGGAAAGGGAAUUUCACAAAAAGGAAGCCCCCGUUAAGAGUGAAUUAUCCCUGCUCUGUUUGUGGGAAAAGUUUUGAUCGGCGUGCUAACUUAAUUAAACACCAGAGAAUCCAUACAGGGGAGAAGCCAUAUUCAUGUGCAGAAUGUGGAAAACGUUUUGAUCAGCAAUCCAACCUCAAUGUCCAUUUGCGAGUUCAUACAGGAGAGAAGCCUUAUGCCUGCCCUGACUGUGGGAGACGUUUUACCAUCAAAUCUCACUUACAUGGACACUAUAGGAUCCACACAGGAGAGAAACCCUAUGAAUGUGAAAGAUGUGGGAGGAGGUUUCGUGUAAAAUCGUGUCUGAAUAAGCACCAAAGAACCCAUGCAGGAGAAAAAUAUUUUGUGUGUCCCAUCUGUGAUAAAACUUUCACCUGCAGCUCUGAUCUUAUUAAACACCGAGUUACUCACUCAAGAUAGAACAAUUGCAUGUACUCUGAGUGCGGGGAAAAUUUCGCCAAUAGAUCAGAUCUUAACAAACAUGAGAGGAGAAAAACCUUGUAUGUGCCCAUCUGUGAGAAAAGUUUCCAAGAUGUUUCUCAGAAGAACAAACAUCAGAGAAUUCACACUGAAGAAACACCUUAUGAAUGCUCCAUCUAUGAAGAAAAGUUCAGAGAUGGCUCCCAACAAAACAAACACUAGAGAAUUUGUGUGCUAUAGAACACUUAGUACACAUUGAUGCAAAUAUGUAGUGGAUGCUGAGGGGGCACAGUGUACACAUUCUCAAAAAAAACUUUAUAGGUGCUCCCGAGUGUAUAGAAAAAAAAUGCUUUGGAUCUUGAUAAGCAAAAGUGAAUCCACAUAGCUAGGAAUAAGCACCAGAAAAGAAAAAAAAAACAGUGAGAAAUAUGGGCCUUUUCUACACAGGUUAUUUGCACCAGUUUCAAUGAUUUUGAGAAGCAUGUGUUUUCUUACUUCCCCACAAUAUUGUGGUACAUUUGUGCACAUUCCAGGUUUCCCCGAUAUUUCCCUAACCUGCUUUACUGCGAAGUUUGGGAAACCACACAGCAAAGCCUUGACAGCUGCUGUGUGGAUUUUCCCAGUCCUGCCCACACAGCAGCCAUUUCUCCAUCUCCAUCACCAUUUUGUUUUAUGCAUUGUCGAAGGCUUUCACGGCCGGAGAACGAUGGUUGUUGUGGGUUUUCCGGGCUGUAUUGCCGUGGUCUUGGCAUUGUAGUUCCUGACGUUUCGCCAGCAGCUGUGGCUGGCAUCUUCAGAGGUGUAGCACCAAUGUAGCAGAGGUGUAGCACCAAUUCACAAGCAUAAGCAAAACUUCAACAGGAAAGAAGAAACCUUAAGAAUGAACAGAGCAUGGUUUCCAGUUCUGAAAAACACCAGGCUAACAAAACAUUCUAUCCCCGACAAUAGCCCUGCAGAGAAGAUUAGCACAUCAAGUACCAAUCCAUAUGCAAAAGAACCUCCUCAGGAUACAGUGAAGCCUCCCGCCAUUAGCAUUCCACACCCUGGGAAACUCUUACAGGAUGACUCAGCUCAACCCCACCCCUCCUGAGUAGAUACAAAUAACCUACAUCUUUUCCACACUGUGACACUGAGAGAUCUCUGUCUUUUGGUGCUACA